AACAGAGUAUACACACUAAACUACCAUUCAUUGACCUGUCAAUGCAUGAGUUCCUGGUCCCGUUUCCUUCUGGGUGAAACAGCCCAUUUCUGCACCCUGAUGGGGUGUGUGUGUGCUGGUUGAUUGCUUAUCCACAGACUCCUGGAUAAUGAAUGUCUCAUACUAACCUUCCAUCCUGUCCUUUGGAGGCCUCUAGCAGUUUUCUGUAGAAAACUUCCCUUGGCUUUGUAGUAAGCCCUAGACAGACAUCCUUCCCAUUUGUUUUCUUUCAUCUACAUCCACAGAUAUUCAGCAAAAUCUGUCUGGGCUUUUACCCUUUGACAGGAAGGUGGACAAGUUCAUCCUCUGUGCCAUGACCCUUUCCCAUCACUCCCAGAUGCCUGUGGUCAGUCUCAUCAGUGUCCAUGGGGAUGGGUAGUAUAGGUACCAGUCCUAGGACCUUGUGAGACAUGGGAACCUGUGGCCAUAGGCAGCAGCCCCCAUCCUAGGAUGACAUGUCAGGUCAGUAGAUGGGUGCCUCUGCUGCUAUCUCUCUGACCAUUGCCACUGGUCCUUCUGAGGUUCCUCAGACAACAGGUCUACCUCAUGUGGUUCAAUCUUUAUAUUGGCGACAUGGAUGCCAACAUGUUCUCAGUCAUGGCUGAGAAUCCUAGGAAUGACACGGAGGUUGUGUGCAAAUGAAUGACAGCAAGGAUAGGGAGGCAGUGGGUGAGUGGUGGUGACAGGGCAGCAGUGAGUGUCAGAUGGUGAGAGUAGGGACAUGAUCACACAGACCAGGAUUCAGGAUAAGCUGGGCUCAGUCGGGCAAAGAGAAUGAUACUGGAUCCUGAUCAAACUUGCCUCUCUUGUUGUCUCAUAUCAAAGCCCAGCUCAGCAGAGCCAGGUGCUGCCUUGCCUAUUGUGAAGCUGCAUGAUUAUUCAUAGCAUGAGAUUGAUUGUUGGAUGUUCCUCUUUCUCAUCUCUAUUCCUCAUUGCUAUUUCCUUGCCUUCAUGAUUAUUGUGAAGGAGCAGGGAGGGUGUUGUGGUCUGUCUAGUUCCACUUUUAGGGAAGGCGUGUCCAGUAGCAAUCAAGCUGACACAAGAGUUAUUGAAAUAUCCCCCCCCCUCCAUGCCACUCCCUGCAGGGUGACUUCAGGCUCCAGCUCAGCCUGAGCGCUCAAUCCCACCAGGCACCAGCCCUUGUCAUGUUGGAUCAGUGCAGCUGGUAGAACGCUCUGCCAAAGGAGAACUGUGUGCUGGUAGCCAGGCGUGUGCAGGGGAGUUUCUGGGUGUUUGUGUGUGUGUGUGUGUGUGUGUGUGUGUGUGUAUAUACGUGCAAUCUGGGGUCACUGGAGAGGACAGUGAGCCCCUGGACUAGGUGAUAAGCGUGAAGGGGAGACUGAGCCCUAGAGCCCCUGCUGAGGAGAGGGGAGGCUGUCCUCGGCUGAGCCCUUGGGCUCUUCUGAUUCCUGUCCUGAUCUUCAAGGCCUGUAUCACAUGUAGCUGCCUUGGUGGGUGCUGGAUGCUGUUUAUUCACCUGCACUGAGGUGGGGUUGGAGGAAAAAGGAGUGGGGAGAUAUAAACAUAAGGGAUUAUAUCACUGUCCUUGCACACAGUCCUCUCCAGGAAUUGUUCUCUACAGAUUAAUCAACUUUGCUCUUCCCCCUUGCCUCAACCUAGGAAGACAGAAGAGCUCCUGGCUAAGGUCUGACUGGUCAUUUUAGCAGCAGUGGGAGGACAGCAAGCCCCAGUCCAGCUGUGCAUCUUUCUGUUGCAGGGGGCCAUUCUGCUCUAUGCUAGUGCUGAAGAAAUGCCUUUUGUUGAUCGAAGACAAAGAGGGACCUUUACACCAUCUUCUCUGAAUGCAGGCCAGCAGGGAAUUUAUGAAGUUCAAUAGUCAUAGUCCUUUUUGCCCAAAACCCUGGUGUAGGAAAGUCCGUGGCCCUCCAAGCAUCGGCAACCAGCUGCAGGCAGUAAGCAGAUGAUAGUGUGCCUGGCUGGGAGGCCGGGGCCAGCAGGAAGAGAGAACCAGGUAAUGAGGGGGGAACCACAAAAUGACUUAACAACUGCAGCAGAUCCCAGCAUUAAACUUACCCCUCUUGAAUGUCUAGUGGUGGACAGCAGGGCUUUUGUUUGGCUGGUUGCUCUGUUCCUUGUGGGAACAAGAUAGCUCAAUGUAGAAGAAACUAAUUUGUGAACUUCAAGGAAAACUGACUCACAGGGCAUGUGACCAGCUUUGACAUGGCAGUUCCAGUUUCAGUGUAGUUAAGUAGCCAGUUCUUAACCCAUGUUGUAUAUGUUCAAUACGAUUUGGUGCUAUUAUUAAUCAGAACGAUGUGCAGGACUAGAAAUAUAGACCAGGGUUUGGAAGAGGCCUGACAGAUCUUGUAAUCUAGUAAUCCCCUGCAGAGAUGGAGGGUGCCUUAAUCCUGAACCAGCCCAGACCAAUGCCUGCCCAGGCUCUUCCUGAAAUCUCCAGGGAAGUCAGUUCUUCAGCUUUGUGAGGCAGGUUCUUUCCCUGUCCUACCACUCGUACAGUGUGUACAUUUCUCCUGAAUUUUGAACCAAAUUUGCUUAGUUAUAGUUUAAAACCACUAUCUCAUGACUUGCCCUCUGUGGCCAGGGAGAACAACACUUCUCCAUCUUGAAAGCUGCUUUUAUGUUUUCCCUUAAGCUCUUUUUCUCCAAACUAAACAUACAUACUUCCUUUACUUUUAACACUUGUGGCCUGUUGUCCACCCUCUUUGUCAUCUUUCUGCCGCACCUCUGACCCUUUCCAGUGUCCCUAUUUCCUUCUUAAUAUUUAGUGUCCAAAUCUCAACAGAGCAGCUCAGCUCAGGCUUAACCAGCACCAAGUAGAGUGGUUGUAUCAUCUCCCUUGUUCUGCAGACACUGGUUUUGUUAAUGCAAUCCAAGCUUGUGUUUCUUUGCUUUUUUUAAGGCAGCAUCAUUUUGGAUUUGUAAACCUGCCCUUUCAUCCCUCGCCCCCUGUGACUUAUCAAGCAUGUUUGUAAUCUCAUCCAUAUAUGAAAUUAGGUUUGUCUGGCAAAACGUUUCCCCCUUACCCAAAUAUGUCUUUCCUGGCAUUAAUUCUAUUACUAUACUUGACUGACUUUCACAUUACUUUAAUUGAUUGACUUUCAUAUUAGCUCUUGUAAAAUUUUGCUUACAUUGUUGUCUAUCCUGCCUAUUAUUACUUGAAUGAUCUGUUUGUUUGUUUUUACUGGACCAACAUAAACGCUCUACCAGUCUUCUGGAAAUGUGCUCAGCUUCUAAUAUUUACUGAAAAGGAAAUAUCAGUGGGCCAGCAAUUUCCUCAUUGCACUUUUUUAAGGCUCUUGGGUGCAAAUUAUCUGAGCCUGCUGGUUGAAGAUGGACUGGAAAACCAUUCAUUGUCCUAGCGUGAAAUGAGUAUUACCUUCUCUUUUUCAAAAUACAGAAAAGAUAUAUUUACUGAACACGUCUGUGUUUGUUAAAUCAUUAUUAACAAUAGUUCUACCUACAUCUACUUAUGGGCCUAGUCUUUAGGAUAUCUUUGUUCCUGAGACACUUAAAAAAAAAAAAACUGGGAGGGGGGGGCUUAUGUAUUUUCUUGAAUGCUGCAUGCCAUAGGUUUUUUUCCUGAUGUAUUUAGCUUCCCUUAUCAUUGUUUUGUAGUUAACAAUAUUUAAUUUCUAUGGAUUGCUAUCUAGUUCUUUGCAUUGUUCUUUUUUUCUAUAUGACACUUUUAAAUUCUAAUUUCUGCUGGCAUUAGAUCAGGCUGGGCUUUUAGACAGGGCUGUCCUUUCUUUUCCCUUUUCCCCAUCUAAUAUGGAUUUGUAUAGGAUGUUUUGGAUAGGGAUGAUCCUUCUUCAGGCCAGAGGUUAGACUAGAUGACUUAUGGAGGUCCCUUCCAGCCCUACUUUUCUGUGAUUUCUUAAGGAAUGACCAACUUUCCUACAGAUAUUUCUAAACUGUUCCUCAUGAUCAAUAUUGCUGAUUUUUUUUUUUUUUUUGGCUUUGGGAAAGUAGUAACCCUUUGAAAAAACCAUGGAUAUGAGUGGUUGAGGCUGUACUCUGCUUGCUCAUAAUGGAUGGAAUCAGAUCAGGGUCACUGCACCCUAGGCAAGCAUCGUUUCCAGUCUAGAAUAUAGAGGUCCAAAUACAGUUACCCCAUGGCUGUUGCUGUCUCUUGUGCUGGAGAACAUGGUCAUCUAUACCUUUUUGGAGCUGAGUAAUAUUGUCACUAGAAGGCUGUUGCCUGGUUCAAACUAUCUUCACUUACCCCAUGUGUUGUACUUUUUAUGUGUUGACUGAGAUACGUAGGCAUAUGGUAUUAAGGUUUCUUCCCACAGCUAAUAGAAUGAUUAAGGGAGCUCAGCUGCCCAGUCCUUCUCUGACACGGUACGGUUGCUAAUGUUGUGAUCAUGCAAGCCCUGUAACACAGCAGCCUGGCCCUUUCCGAGGGAGCAGACAGACCUGUGUUAGAAGUCCUAGCUGUGGGUGGUUAUCUAAUGAGUAUCCCAUUAGGAGUUAAAACCCCAGAAAAGAGAGCAGAGGUGGGUGAGCUAUAGGAAGAAGUAGCUUGCAGCCAGGAGUUGGACUGGACCAUAUAUAAUUUCAUUACCAGGAAGAGGCCAUGAGAUGGAGCCUCUCCUACUGCCCAAAGCUGGGCUGAGAGUUUUGUUUGCUCGCUUGCUUGGUUUUGUGCUUAGUGCAAAGGUGGUGUUUGUGUAUAGGAGAUCUCUCAAAGGAACAAAGCCAGCCUGCAAGCCAGCUAGCCCAAAGAGAGGAGCCAUUUCUUGCCAGAAGAUAAAGAAAGUGGGUUGCUCACAUGGGAAGGGGAAGAAGAAGGAAGAACAUGAACUUAUUCUUUUGUUUCAUUAUGUAUAACUUUUUUUUCAAGUUCAAUACUAUUCUCAUUAGAGCUUUGUCCUGGUCAUGCUCACCUUUACUUAAUCCAGGAAGGGGAUUCAAGAUUAAAAAAUGAGUUUGGGAGCCUGGGAAAAUUCCUGCCCAGGGAUUGGUUGGUGGCUCCCCUUAAACCCGGGUGCCUCUCCACCCCCGUGGUGGCAGUCAGAGGUGCGCGCUGAGUGAAGAGGGCCAGUAUGAGCCCGUAUCAUGGUCCCACCCCGUGGUGCCUGCUGAACCCUGCAUGAGCGGCUGGAGGCCAGUGCAGCGCCUGGGGGUUGAGCAGGAGCGCGGACCCCUAGAACGAGCACGUGGAGUUCGUGAAUCAGCUUCACAAAAUCCCUCUGGGUGGGGACGCAGCCCUGGGGAGCCCCUUAGGUGCAGGACGCAGAUCUCCUGCUGGGAUUGGGAACUUGGGGGUCGGUAGGAGUGUGUUAAACCCCCUGUGUGAGUGCCCGGGGAAAGGACUGUGGUGGACCUGUGUCAGUUUGGCGGAAAGAGAUGCCAGCAAGGGGAAGUUCCCCAGACACCAGUGUGGCCUAACAGCCAAGGAGCCACGGCCUGAGGGGAAGCCUUGGAGUACCUGAGUGCCUAAAGGGGGAGUGAGCCCAGAGGUGCUGCCUGGCCUGCCUGUGGCAGUGAACUCUUUCUCUGUGUGCGUAAUUGUGUACAUAGCCCCGAGGGCUUGAACAAGCUGUUUACAGGCAGAGAAGCAUGUGCAGAGGUGCGUGGGGAGGAAUCUGUUCUGCAGGGGUCUGGAGUGAGAGCAACCUCUGCAGACAGUGAGACGCCUGGGCAUGUGUGGGAUAGUUCAAGACAGCUGGAGCCUUAAAAACACAUGAUGAACGGAGUGAGGGACUGCCCCUCGCUCCAUCCUUUGGGCAUAAGUUGGGGUGAACAGUUUUUAGUUGUGAAUAUUUAAUUAGGGGAUUAAUAUAACAAGUAUUUAGCCUAGUGCGUAAGUUGUUAUCGUUGCACCCAUCUGCUUGAUCAUCUCUUAAGUCUAACUAGAUUUUAACUGCUAUUCUUGUAUAAACUCACCCUGGUUGUAUUGCAAAUAGAGUAGUUCAAAAUUUUGAUAUCAUUCAAUAUUCGCUUGCAUAUCAUAACUAUUCCCUGGAUAUAAUUAAAUUCUGUAAAAAGUUAUUGCUGGGUCUGCAAAGUCUCCACUGUAAAAUGGUGCCACAUGCCAAGGGUUACAUUACUUUAUAUUGAUUACUACCUGUUUCCCCUCUUUUCCUUUUUGUUAUACAAUACUUUUAAUAUGUAAUUCCUGGUGUCACAAUGCCAUUAAAUUAGGCUGGAUUUUUAAGCAAAGUUGUCUUCUUUCUUUUGACCUCUCAUCACCUAAUAAACCCUUCUUAAACUUCUGACACACUUCAUUAAGAUAUUUCUGAAUUUUUCCUUAUGAUCAAAACUGCUGAUAUAUUCCCUGGGCCUUAGGCAAUUAGCCCUUUGGGAGAACCACGAAUAUAGUAAGAGUAUAGUCUGAGUAAGAGAAGGCUGAGAGGUGACUUGAUAGCUGCCUACAAAUAUGUUGGGGUUAAGCAUCAAGAUCUAGGAGAGCAACUCUUCAGGAAGGCAUCUUAAGGGAGGAUGAGGACCAAUGGUCACAAGCUAAUUGAGGGUAACUUCAGGCUGGACAUAAGAAAAAACUUUUUCUCUGUAAGGGUCUCCAGAAUCUGGGACACAAUCCCAGCAGAGGUGAUACAGUUGCCAUCCCUGGAGGUUUCCAAGAUGAGGCUGGACAAGCACCUCGCUGAGGUCGUCUGUGUGGCAGAAAGCCACCUUUGUCUCUCCCCAAAGUCUCUGCCCUGUGACAAUUUGAUAAGGGUGGGCCCAGCAGACAGACACAUCCUUACCCUAUCUCUUUAGGUAACCUGAGCUGGAUACAUUCCUGAGGGAGGGGGGAAACCUGCUCUCUCUGCCUACGUGACUAGUAUCACAUACCUGAGUGAGGGGCUUCCUUCCUGGUGGGCUAGAGUGUGCCUGGCAACUAGUGAUGUAUUUCAAAUUGGUUGGCUGACAACCAACAGGUGCUGACCUCCAUUUGACCAGGUAAAUGAGGUCACAAGGGCUAUAUAAGUUAAGGACUGCCUGGGAGGAGGGGGCAGCAGCCAUGAGGGAUACUCAGGAACAAAGAAGAGCUGCACCAUUUGAAACUUGUUCUCUCUCUCAAAACUCAUGAUCAAGGAACUGCUUGCCUCCAGAGGGAAUCUCCACCAGCCUCUGGGUGAUACUUGUGAGUAAGCAAACUGAGAUCUAGAUAUAUAGCUUGCAGUAACUCAGACGCGAGAUCAAAGGCUGCCCCACCCACAGGAGUUUGCUCUAUGGGUUUUCUCUGAUAUUGCUCUACCCUGUACCCUAUUCUAACCCUACCCUCUGUAACCAAUAAAGUUCUCCUUUGUACCUAGUGUGGGAGACUUAUUGGGAGCGGGUCUAGAUUAUGCCUUGGGGUCCCCUUGGUUCAGCAGACUAAGGGAAACUAUCCUUUUUGGCCCCCAACUUGAGGAAGUGCCCCAAGUUCUUGUAUUGGGUUAAGUACCCAUAGGACUAUUUGGCCUGUGUUUCCCCAAGGACACAGGACCCAGACAGUCCCUUCUCGGGGUGGUGGCAGCACACGUUACCCUCAGACUCUGUGGUGGGGCUCGAAAGGCAGUCUGCCAGGGCUUAGGCACCCCUGGAGAGACACAUGGAGUCUGGAAGGUGGACAGGCAUGGUGAGGUAGGAGGCUCAAUGCAGGAGCUCCCCCUACUGGCCCACCACAGUCUGAGCCCAAUAACCUCCUGCCCAUGCAGGGGACUGGACUUGAUGAUCUUGCAGGUCCCUUCUGAUCCUUCGAUUCUAUGAUUCUAUAUUAGUUUGCUCAUAAUGAAUGCCCAUAUCAGCGUCACUGGACCCUGUGUAAUCCUCAGUUUCUUGGUCCAGUGAUUGGUACAUCUUUAUCCAGAAUAAGAAAGUCUAUAAUAUCUACAUCCUAUGACUGCAGUUGUAUCUUUUGUACUGGAAAAAAAUGGUAAUUUUUUUAGUUCAAUAAGAUUGUCACUAGAGCCUAGUCAAACCCAGCUUCACCUAGUCCAUGUUUGUCACACACUUUCCCUUUCUUGACUGAGAUUCAUGGGUAUAUAAUUAUGCUGUUUCUCUCCGCAAUCAGGAGGGAGCUUAAGAAAGAAGUUUGCUGACAUUGUAAACAUAAUGAAGAGCCAAAAUGCGUGUGUGUAUCGGGGAGGGAAUCAUUUCUUGCCAGAAGAUGAAGAAACUGGGUAGCUCACAUGAGAAGGGGAAGAGGAAUAUUGUACUGAUACUUUUGUUUUCCUCCUCUUUUGCAGUUAUGCUCCAUAAACAGAGCCUGAAAGCUCACAAACUGCCCAAAACUUUUCCAGAGUGGCGCUGUGCCCUGGGGACACCUGGGAGCAAAGAGCGGGUCUGGACAUGCUGCCCCAUGGGCUGGAAGCCCUUUCGAGCCAACUGCUACUACUUGUCCAGUGAUAGCAUGUCCGGGGAUGAAAGUGAGAAGAACUGCACGGGGAUGGGCUCCCACCUGGUGGUGAUCAACACACAGGCUGAGCAGGACUUCCUGCUCAGUUGGACAAAAGUAAUUUUUUCAAGCAGUCGAACUUACUUCAUUGGUCUGUCUGCCCAGGAGGUGGAAGCCCAGUGGCGCUGGGUGGAUCAGACCCCCUAUAACGAGACUGCAAUUCCGUCAGGUGCAGAGCGGGGUUCAGGCGGUCCCCUCUGGGUCCAGUCUGGCAGCGGUGAAUCUGGUGGAGUCGGUGUACUGGUGGUCGCCUGUGAUAUGCACCACGUAGAUGUCACACUACCAGCGGAUUGCGUCGUACAUCAUGAGGCAGCGCGUGAGCUUGGUGUAGUGGAGGGAGAUGUGGCAGCCACGCAGGACUACAUUCAUAUGACAGCCCAGGAGGAGACAAGCCAGUGGUGCUCUAGGAAUCUGCCUCUAUGUAACCAGACUCCAGCUUAUGCUCCAUAAACAGAGCCCAAAAGCUCACAAACUGCCUGAGACUUUUCCAGAGUGGCGCUGUGCCCUGGGGACACCUGGGAGCAAAGAGUGGGUCUGGACAUGCUGCCCCAUGGGCUGGAAGCCCUUUCGAGUCAACUGCUACUACUUGUCCAGUGAUAGCAUGUCUGGGGAUGAAAGUGAGAAGAACUGCACGGGGAUGGGCUCCCACCUGGUGGUGAUCAACACACAGGCUGAGCAGAUGCCAGCACCACUCCCAGAGCUCCCACCCUGCAGGGAUGCUGUGUCCUGCUGUCUGCUCAGCCCCUGCACUUGGUGACAGCAAUAUUCACUUUCAUACUUUAUCCAGGACUUCUUGCUCAAUUGGACAAAGGACAUUUUUUCAAGCAGGCGAACUUACUUCAUUGGUCUGUCUGCCCAGGAGGUGGAAGCCCAGUGGCGCUGGGUAGAUCAGACCCCGUACAAUAAGACUGCUGCGUUCUGGAAACCUGGGGAGCCCAGGAUUCCCAAGAUGGAGAAGUACACUUCAUUCCAGGUGCAUUCAAGAACACAAGCGAGGCAAAACUGGAAUGACAUUCCUUGUUCCACUUCUUUGAAUCGAAUUUGUGAAGCUGCAGCAGCCUUUAUUUGAAGAGAGACCCCUCCCAUGCAGGAUGGGUGCCCAGAGACAGUCUGUCCUGUGCUGCAGGCAUCUCCCAGGGAUGUCUGGUAGAGGGGAUGAGAAGAGCCUUUACAGCUGGAAGGGACAUACUCUGGGCGGGCGGCAAGAAAGUUCCUGCAGGAAGUGCUCUGAGCUCCCCAAUAAAGUUCUUCUGGGAAAACAA